CAUUGACCACAAGAAAAGAGAGCUCGUUGUAGGAGCAAAGGAGCAGCCAUGUCCACCCAAGCCGUAGUCCAGAGGGCAUGCGCGAAGCUCAGAUCCGCCAUAGGAGAUGAAGCGGUGGCGCGGUUGAACUUUACCGCUGACCUGCGGGAUAUGUUGGAGGCGCUGGAUGACAUCCGGCCGAAGCUGGACAAAGCCGAGAUGCGGCCGUUGAGGGGUGUAGAUGAUUAGCCUUGGCUGCAGCUUGUCUGCUGCGCGGCCUACAAGACCAUAGAGACUGUCGACGAGCUGCAGGGCGCGAGAUCACAGGCUGCUGCAACGACGACAAGGAUGCUGCCCCGCCUUGCCAUGAAGAAUGCCAUGGCCAUCCAGCUGCAGGAGGCGAAACAACUAGUGAUGUGGGCACAGGAGCGUUCACGUGUGAGAUCAGAAUCUAUAGCAGAAAACACCUUGUUACAGGAAAUUAUUGAGGAACGAAAAACUGCACCAGUUUUCGAGGAAGCAAUGGUUCUGGGAAGAGCAUCAGAUAAAGACAGGAUAAUAGCCACCCUCCCAUCUACUGAGCCCAACAUCAUGCAAGAGCACAUCCGCAUUCUUCCCAUCUUUGGGUUUCCAGGCAGCGGCAAGACAACAUUGGCACAAAUGGUUGUUAAUGAUACCCACUCCCUCCAAGGCUACGACUUCCGUGUAUGGGUUCAUGUGUCUACCCAGCUCGACUUCCAUACAAUAGGCAAGUCCAUUAUUUGUCAAGUGUUAGGAAGGGGACAAGAAGAGAUCAACCAUUCUUCUUCAAAUGUGGAGGGGAUGGAGAUUAUAAUGAAGCGCCUUCACAAGCUUCUUAAUGGUCAGAAGGUGCUCCUUGUGUUGGAUGACUUGUGGGAGGAGGAUCCCAUUCAGUUACAGUUAUUGAAGUCCAUGUUAACUUUCUUGGGAGACAAGAUGGACGUAAUAGUAACCACAUGCAACCAAGCCAUCGCCAGGAGGAUCUGUACAGUUGAGCCGUACAGGCUAAAUCGGUUGAGUGAUGACACGUGUUGGGAGAUAAUCAAGAAAUCAAUCCGUUUCGAAGUAGGAGAAGAGUGGGAGAAGAUUGGACGGAAGAUCGCAAGCAAAUGCUGGGGUGUGCCAUCAAUAGCUCGCGAAUAUGCAGGCACGCUAGAUUCUUCCCGAGAUGCUAUGAAAUGGGAAGAAACCAUGAGAAGGGGUAUCCUUUCUUAUGUCCUUUCAACUUUCACGCUAAGCUACAUGAGAAUGCCACCAGAUUUGAGGCUAUGUUUUGCUUAUUAUUGUCAAAUCUUCCCAAGCGGGGACAGUAUAGUCAAAGAUGACCUGGUUCAUCACUGGAUUGCUCUCCACCUCAUUGAGCCAUCAGAAAUAUUGUCUGCCGAACAGAUAGCUGAGGAGCAUAUUACCUGGCUUCAGGACAUGUCAUUCCUUCAAACUGCAGAGUUGGACCACGGAACCAGCUAGUACUAGCAGGCAGGAGAUUGAGGAGGACGACAGAUCGGGCAACGAGGGGGAGGCGGCGUAGGAAGACGCCACGGCGGCAAGGAAUUGUGUUUGCGAUGAAGAACAAAUUUCGGUGCAAAAUAGAAUGCCAUUUGAUUACCAGCUACUCUUGCAAGUUGCAUCGUAUGUUGGCCUGCAGACUCUUUCAGGCAGCAAAACAUGAUGAUUUGAUUUCAGACAACUUACUUUCCGCAUUCCUGUAAAAUUUAAUCGUUUAAUCUGAGACAU